GCGGCUCCAAGAGAGAGGCAGAACAUUACGAAGAAUCUGAAUCUUCCGCAACAACGAUGCUGUGCCGACUCCACCUCUCCGGUCCCUCUCGGAGUCCUCUCCGGAGUCUCCGGACUCCUCUCCGGAGUCAGAUCUUAUGGCCGAGAGCCGGCUCACUCUUUGAAAACAUGGAACGAGAGAUGGACGCGAUGUGGGACCUCUUGACCGGCAACUGGAGACCCACGGCUACAACGACGACGAGCACGAGUAUCCGACGAGAAACAAAGCACAGUUCGGACGCCACGGCCCCGUUCGCCGUGACCCAAGACAUGACCGGGUUCGACCCGGAGGAGUUGGUGGUCAAGCUCUGUGGGGAGAAGAUCGUCCUCACCGGGAAGAAGGCCACCCGCACGCCGGACGGGCCGUUCCGCUACGAGGUCUUCCGGAGGGAGUGGGACGUGCCGGAGAGCGUCGACCGCGAGCGCUUGAGCUGCUCCAUCUCCAGCGAAGGGAAGCUGCGCAUUGAAGGCCCUGCAUCAGAACCGGCGCCACGGACCGUCCCGAUCGAAGUCCGGCGGGCGGAAAACCCCGCCGGACCGGAACCGGAACCCGAAGCCGGGGAAAACAGCCGGGCACAAGGUUAGGAGAGAACGGACUUGGAGACAACUGAGUAUUUACAACUGGAGUAAAUAGAUAAGAAAGAACUUCGACUCGGUCGUAUCCCGUUUCUCGCUCUCAACGAACUUCAGAUAUUCAUCGGAUAUUCCCGAACUCGAUCCCGAUCUUGACCUGAGUUUGGGAGAGACAACUGAGUACACCGAGUGGCUGGACUAAAUAGAUAAGAAAGAACUUCGACUCGGUCGUAUCCCGCUUCUUGCUCUCAAUGAACUUCGGAUAUUCAUCGGAUAUUCCCGAACUCGAUCCUGAUCUUGAUCCAAGUUUGGAUUUAACUAUCCACAUGACACAUGGUGGUAUUGAUACGGAUUGUAGUACGACACAAGCACGUGUAAUGCCAACUAUUGAUGAAUUGGUUAUUGAUGAAUAAAUGCUUUGAACUUCA